AUCCUUCUCUGAAUGAUGAAGCCAAGUUUUGCAACCCUGCUUUUGGUGACAUUUGUUCUUACUUCUUUCUUCAUUCCAGCCAUAAUAGCUGGUUCAGAUUUCUGUGAUUCAAAGUGCAACUUUAGGUGUUCAAAGGCAGGACGACAAGACAGAUGCUUAAAGUACUGUGGGAUAUGCUGUGAGGAGUGUCACUGCGUCCCUUCUGGAACUUAUGGGAACAAAGACGAGUGCCCCUGUUACAGGGACAAGAAGAACUCUAAGGGAGGCCCUAAAUGCCCUUGAAUUUACUUACUCCAAUUGUUAUUUGUCAGACACAAAGAUAGAGGCACAAAACCUUAAUUAUUUGAAUCCUUCAUAUACCAUGUUUGUCUGAAAUAAGGAUGAUUAUUAUAAAAUAAAAAUAAAAAGUGAACAAA